CAAACUGCAGGCAGGAAGGAGCAAAUCAGAGCCUAUUCCUGCUCCAAGGAUAAUCUAGGAUAAACUUUGUAUAACUCGAAACAGGGCCAUGAACACCCAAAAAGCUGAAAUUGAAAAGAUGUUAUUUUUUGUUGAAGGCCUCUAUAGCUGAUGCAGGAUCUUUCUUAUUAGUUACUCAUUGCCUCAGCAAGUCUCAUAAAACAGACAGCAGAACCCAGCAAAUCCCUUUCUUCAGUGUUCUGGGAGCUCAGAAACCCAGGAAUUGAACGAGGCCUUGAACCCAUUUUAUGGGCUCACUUCUCACUGAGCUGCCAUAAAACAUUAAAAUUGAGACCUUAUAAACAAGGAGGGGAAAGUGCUGUACUUUUCUUAGCAGAAGAAACCUCUCCAGAGACUCUUCCCACGCAGACACCACCCAGGCUCCUCGGAGAUGGCAUGGAAAAGCAGCCUCACCGUCCCUUACGCAGUGCCCGCCUUCGCAGUUUGCUUUCUGGCAUGUGUGGCCACAGGUCUGGAACUGUCUGUAAAUAAUAAUGCUGCUGACUUCACCCUGUCUACAACAUCUGGCCCUCCGGUCUCCCUCUCCUGCCUAGUACAGAACAACAGCCAGGCUGAGGAGCUCCUCUGGUACCGAGAAGAUGGGGCCGUGGAUCUCCGGGACGGAAACAAAGUAAACGUCAGUAACAUCUGCAUAUCCCCAGUCACUGAGGAUGACAACGGGAUCACCUUCACUUGCAUGCUGAAGCGGGACCAAUCUGUCCGCGUCUCUGUGAUCCUGGAUGUCCAGUAUCCUCCCCUCCUUACUGGAGAAAAGUCCCUCACAAUCGAAGAAGGCAAAAGUGUUACCUUGACCUGCGAUGCCAAAUCCAACCCUCAAGGUCAAGCAAAUUGGUAUAAAAACAACGACACCUUGACCCUAGAGCAAGAUCGUUACCAGGUGUACCAGACUAGUGAUGUCUUUCAGCUGUCUAUCAAAAAAGCACAGAAGUCUGACAACGGGACCUAUACUUGUGUGGUGAAAUCUGCUUUGGGAGAGGGGAGAAAGGAUUUCCACCUGAUAGUCGAAGAUAAAAAAACUGUUUUUCCCAUGGAGGCCAUUAUUGCUGCUGCCGUGGUGGUUGCACUCACUGUACUUUUUGGAAUUGUGGCUCGAAGAGAAAAAAUUUUUAAGUGCUUCAAAGGAUCAAGUGAAACAGCUCUGUGAAGAAAGUUCCUAUACACAGGACAAAGAAGCCGAAGAAACACCACUUCUGGCAGCAGAACACAACCCCUUGCAUGAGAUGAGGAGAUUAGGCACUGAAACUUUUUGGGCUGAGGUUCAUACGGUCUUUUCAAAAUAUAAGUGGUUCUUCAUGUC